UUUAUAAACACCGGCGGCAGAGGACUCUCUUCCGUUCUCUUCCCCACAAAAUUGAUACAAUACAGGUGAUAAACCCCCAAAAUCCCAAAUCCCCCACAAAUCUUCAAACCCUAAUGACCGACCCUUCUAGGCCCGUCACCGGCUACCCAGCCACGCCCUACGCCCAGCCUAACGGCGGCCACCCCUACUCCAGCUACCCCACCUACGCCCAACCUCAAGGUCCCUACUCCAACGCCUAUGCCGCACGCGCCACCUUCAUCCGCCGCUUCGUCGGCGCCAUGAUCGCCCUCUUCGUCAUCGUCGGCUGCAUCAUGCUUGUGAUUUGGCUCGUCCUCCGCCCCAAGGUCCCCGACUUCCGAGUCGACUCUCUCUCACUCACCAACUUCAACGUCUCCUCCUCCUCCCAGUCCCUGAGCGGCACGUGGUCCGUCGGCUUCUCCGUCUACAACCCCAACAAGAAGCUCAGCAUCCGAUACGAGGAGGUCGUUUCUUCCAUUUUCUACCGGAACGGCUUCAUAUCGGAGACUCGUGUUCAGCCGUUCGCUCAGGGGACGAAGGAUCGCAAUUUCGUGAACGCCACUUUCUCGGCGGCGAAUUCGUUCGUGGACGCCCCCGUGGUUCGCGGGAUAGAGGUGGACAGGGGACGCGGGACGGUGAGCUUUAACGUGAAGGUUUUGGCGAGGGUCCAGUUUCGGAAUGGCGGGUGGAGGCUGAGGCGGCGGCUGCUGAGGGUUUUGUGCCGUGAUGUGGCGGUUUCGGUGUCUUCCAAUAGCGGGUCGGGUAAGCUGGCUGGUGGAUCAAGAGAUUGCCAGGUUGCUGUUUGAAAACGGAGGACUGCGAUUGGUGUUAAUGGUAUUUCCAUCUCUCACGUUUUUCAGAUUAAAGUCUUUGGAAUUGUCUAAAAUUUAGAAUCUAGAAACGUGGUGUUGUACGAUUACUAAGAUGAGUAUAUGAGUUUACGUUCAGCUGCUGUAUAUGUUUUAACUUCAAUUCUUUUCUUGUUUUUGCUUA